GCCACCGUAGAAGGCUUCGGGCGGCCGCCGGGACGGAAGCCGCGAGGCGCCGCCGACCGCGCCUGCGACAGCGUCAGCCCUGCGCGGAGCGCCGGCCCGAUGGCGGCGGCGGCGAUGGCCGAGCAGGAGAGCGCCCGGAACGGCGCCCGCAACCGCGGCGGCGUCCAGCGCGUGGAGGGCAAGCUGCGGGCCAGCGUCGAGAAGGGCGACUAUUAUGAGGCGCACCAGAUGUACCGGACCCUCUUCUUCAGGUACAUGGCCCAGAGCAAGCAUGCCGAGGCCCGCGAGCUCAUGUGCUCAGGAGCUCUGCUGUUCUUCAGCCACGGCCAGCAAAACAGUGCAGCUGAUUUGUCCAUGCUGGUCCUGGAGUCGCUGGAGAAGGCGGAGGUCGAGGUGGUCGAGGAGCUGCUGGAAAGUCUGGCCAAGCUGUUCAGCCUGAUGGAUCCCAACUCCCCGGAACGAGUGGCAUUUGUGUCUCGAGCCCUGAAGUGGUCCAGUGGGGGGUCCGGGAAGCUGGGCCACCCCCGGCUCCACCAGCUGCUGGCCCGCACCCUGUGGAAAGAACAGAACUACUGUGAGUCCCGGUACCACUUCCUGCACUCCAGCGACGGGGAGGGCUGUGCCAACAUGCUGGUGGAGUACUCCACGGCCCGGGGCUUCCGCAGCGAGGUGGACAUGUUCGUGGCCCAGGCUGUCCUCCAGUUUCUCUGUUUAAAAAACAAAAGCAGCGCGUCAGUGGUGUUCACGACGUACACACGGAAACACCCGUCCAUCGAGAGCGGCCCUCCCUUCGUGCAGCCCCUGCUCAACUUCCUCUGGUUUCUGCUGCUGGCCGUCGAUGGGGGGAAGCUGACGGUGUUCACGGUGCUGUGUGAACAGUACCAGCCAUCCCUCCGGCGGGACCCCAUGUACAACGAGUACCUCGACAGGAUAGGACAGCUCUUCUUCGGUGUGCCACCCAAGCAGACGUCUUCCUACGGAGGCUUGCUAGGUGAGGGGCUCGUGGGGCGGGGGGCUCAUAGUCGGGGCUUGUGGGUGAGGCCCAGAGCGUGGUGUGCCGGCCGGGGGAGCAGGGCAGGCAGGGGCCUGGAGCGGGGCCUGGUGCCAGCAGGAGGGUUGCGGGCUCCUAGCUGUUUCCCUCUGCGUGUUCCCCAAGCAGAGCUCGUACGGCCCCCGAUGAAUAAUUGUCCCCUGGGGUCCCUCUCCGUUGGCCACAGGAUCGAAGCCAGAUUUCUUUUUGUGGUACAUACAAUUCCCCACCUUAACGGUGCUUAAGUACGCAGGACCUUUGUGUGAACUACAUGUGCGCUGCUGUGCAGCGGAUCUCCGGACCUUUCCGUCUUCCCAAACUGAGACUCUGCCCCCAUUACACACUGGCUCCCAGUGCCCACCCCCUACUUUCUGUCUCUGUGAACCUCCAGGGACCUCUCACAUAAGUGGAAUCACACAGUGUCCUCCUUUGCCGGCUUAUGUCACUGUCAGGUUCAACCCUGUUGUAGCAGGUGCCAGGAUUUCCUUCCUUUUUAAGGCUGAUUCAUGUUCCAUCGUGUGGAUAAGACUGCAUCUUCAGUGGACACCUGGGUUCUUCCACCUUUGGCUGCUGUGAAUGUGGGUGUACAAGUUACCUCCUUAAGGUCUUGCUUUCGGUGCUUCUGGGACAGCCAGAAGCAGAAUUGCUGGGUCUGUUUAAUGUUUUGAGGAAGCGCCACACUGGGAUCCCGCAGCAGGGCACCGGGGUCCCGGUUCCUCCUCGUGCUUGCCAGCAGUUGCUGUUCUCUGGCCUUUUUGACAGUUGUCAUCUUAUUAAUGGGUCUGAGGUGGUGUCUCUGUUUUGAUUGUCCUGAUUUGCACUUCCCUAGUGACUAAGCACGUUGCGUAUCUUUCGCGUGCUUAUUGGCCAUUUGUGUGUAUGCCUGUUCGUGUCAUUUGCUUAUUUUUGAAUCAUGUUGGUGGUUUUACAGGUUCUCUACACUGGGUAUUAAUUCCCUUCCAGAUAUAUGAUUUGCAAAUACUUUCUCCCAUUCUGCGGGUUGCCUUCUUUAUUUUUUUUUAAAGACUUUAUUUUUUUAAAGCAGUUACAGAUUGACAGCAAAAUUAAGAGGACGGUACAGAGAUUUCGCAUAAAUACCCCUUCCCCACCACAGGCACGGCCUCCCCAUUAUCAGCAUCCCCCAGCAGAUGGUACAUUUAUUACGGGUGAACCUGCAUUGACAUGUCAUUAUCACCCAAAGUCCAACAUAUUGAUACAUAAAUUAGGGUUCAUUUUUGGUGUUUACCUUCUGUGGGUUUGGACAAAUGUGUGAUGACAUGUAUCCGCCAUUACAGUAUUGUGCAGAGUCGUCGUGGUGCUCUAAAAAAUUCUCUGUUUUCCACCUGUUCAUCCGUCCUUCCCUUGUUGCCUUUUUACUCCCUGGAGUGUCUUUUGAUGCACAAAAUAUUUUACUUUUCAUGAAGUCUCAUUUGUCUAUUUUCCUUUUGUUGCUUCUGCCUUUGGUGUCAUUUCCAAAUCCAGUGUCACAAAGCUUUUGCCCUGUGGUUUCUUCUAAGAGUUUUAUUAUUUUAGGUCUUCCAUUUAGGUCCUUGAUCCAAUUUGAGAUGCUUUUUUUAUGUGGUGUUUUACUUAUAUAAGGGUCCAGCUUCAUUCUUUGGCAUGUGGAUUUCCAGUUUUCCCAGCACCAGUUGUUGAAUAGACUGUCCUUUCCCCAUCAAGUGGGCACAGAACCCUUGUCAAAAAUCAUUUGACCAUAUAUGCGAGGGUUCAUUUCUGGGUUCUGUAUUCCAUUGGUCGAUAUCUGUCUCUGUGCCAGGACCACACUCUUUUGAUGACUACUGCUUUGUAGUAAAUUUUGAAAUGAGAAAGUGUGAGACUUCCAGCUUUGUUCUUUGUCAAGAUUGUUUUGGCUAUUUGAGUUCCCUGAGAUUCCAUAUGAAUUUUAGGAUGGGUUUUUCUAUUUCUGCAAAAAAAUGUUUUGGGGAUUUGAGAUUUCAUUAAAUCUGUAGAUUGCUCUGGGUAGUAUGACAUUUUAACAAUAUGAAGUCUUUUAGUCUAGGAACAUGGGAUGUUUGCGUUUAUUCAGUCUAGGAACACGGGAUGUUCGCGUUUAUUCAGUCUAGGAACACGGGAUGUUCGCGUUUAUUCAGUCUAGGAACACGGGA